GUCCGUUAAAAAAGUGUUCACGGUCCGCCAAUUGGUGACCCCUGGUCCAAGGAUUUUGGGUGUAAGUGUUGGCAAAUCUGAUUUGGUAAGGUAUUCUUUUUGUUUUUAAUUUUUAAGACUGCUAUGUUAGCGUGGCUCUCUAGUCUUUAAUGUGAAAUUUACUUGAACAGACUUAAAUUAAAUCUCUUUUUCGUAAUAUGUCUAACCACAUUCUUCCCGAUAUGUUCAACAAUAAAUGGACAAGCAUAAAUAAUGGCAUACAAACGAUACUUGUUGAUAAUAACCAGCACCCGAGGUACGCGGAUAUAAUCAAGAUAAUUAAUUCGGUCUCAAAGAUGAAAAAUGGGAAUCAACAAUUAUACAAUCGUAUAAGGGAAACCAUAUCCUUACACUUAAAAUCCAAAGUCCUAGUGGACGUGCUGAACUCAUUGAACAAAAAUUUUUUGGCAAUAUUGGACAAAUGUUGGACAAACUAUAAAAAGUCAAUGAUCUUGUUGAAAGAUAUGCUGAUGUGCAUGGGUAAGUACCUAAAAAGCAAUAACCUAGAGCCUAUUGAUAACGUUGGGAUCUCGUUGUUUCUUGACAUAAUAAUACAACACGACCGUAUAAAAAAUUAUUUACGUAAAAGACUUUUGAUAAUGGUGAUAAAAUAUAGAAAACACAAAAUCAUUAAAUAUAGCGCACUGAAAAACGCUUGUCAAAUGCUUGUAGAACUAGGAUUAACAGAUGAACAUGUGUACGAAGAAGUAUUCGAACGUCCAUUCCUUGCUCUAUCUAGGAAGUUUUACUAUAAUAAAAGUCAGAUACUUUUUAAAAAUCACAUUCAUUCCUAUUAUAUUUUUAUAGCUAAAAUGAAUGCAAUCAUUGAAGCGAAGCUAGCCAAACAUUUCCUGCACAUUUCCACAAAAAGACGUAUUAUUGAAGUAGUAAAUGAUGAGCUUAUAAAAAAACACAUUUUAACCAUUAUAGAUAUUAAACGCCGUGGAUGUAUAUUUUCAAAGGGAUACCGUAUAAUUAAUAAAGCAUUACACAUCAAUGAUAUUAAAUGUAUGUUUGAACUGUUCGAUGAUUAUAUUUAUGGUCCAAGAAUUUUAUCUCACUUUUUGAAAAAGUAUUUAGUAGAGCAACUCAAAAUUGUAGAGAACAAAAACAAAAGACAAUUAAAUCCAGUUACUUAUGUACAGCGUUUAUUAGAUGUUAACAGCAAAUUGAAUUGUUUGCUAUGUUAUUCAUUAUAUAAAAAUAAUGAAAUAUUUAAAAAAACAAUAUUUUCAACUUUUAAACAUUUUAUAAAUCUACAUCCAAAAUUUCCUGAGUACUUAUCACUAUUUAUUGAUAAAAAUGUACAAGAAAAAAAAUGUUUUGGUUCAGAAAAAAAUAAAAAAAAAACACCAAUUCUUGACCAAGUCGUGGUGUUAUUUAAAUUUCUCCAAGACAUAUAUGUUUUUAAAAAGUACUAUAAACAACAUUUAGCCAAGAGGUUACUGAGCAAGUGUUUUAAUGAAGAUAAUGAGAAAAAUAUGAUCUCAAAUUUAAAAACUGAAUUUGGAGAUCAGUUCACUUCUAAAUUUGAAGGUAUGGUUAAAGACAUAGCAAAAUCUAACACAAUUAUGGAUUUAUUUAAAAUAAACCUAACAGCAUCACAAUCGUUAAAUUGCACUAACAUUGAUUUAUCAGUUUGUGUGCUAACCACUGAAUUCUGGUCAUUACCAACCUCAUCAACAAAAUGUAACAUACCAAAUAUAGCAUAUUUGCCUUAUGAAGAAUUUAAAACUUUUUAUUUAAGUAAAAAUUAUGGACAUAAACUUCAAAUCCAGCCACAACUGGGUUCAGCUGAAAUAAUUUUUAAUAAAAAUUAUAUGAAUACUAGAAAUGUACAUAAAAAUCUCUUGGAAGUAUCGACUUAUCAAAUGGCAAUAUUGAUGCUAUUUAACAGUUUUAAUAAAAUCACUAUGGAAACUAUAAUGAAAAAAACUAAAAUCAAUGAAAAUGAUCUCACUAGAGAACUGCAAUUAUUAGUAACAGGAAAACUUUCUCAAAGAAUAUUACUGAAGAGUCCAAACAUUAAAGAGAUUAAACCUCAUCACGAGUUCUGUAUAAAUGAAUUAUUUUCUUGCUUAAAAAUUCAUUUAAUUACUACUGAGGAAGAAAAUAAGCUAGAGCUGCGAAAAACUAAAGAGAUGGUAGAAGAAGAUAGAAAACACGAAAUUCAGGCAGUCCUUGUACGCAUUAUGAAAGUCCAUAAAAAGUUAACACACAAUAACCUCACUAUGGAAGUAACUGAUCAGUUAAGGCGUAGAUUUGUGCCAUCGCCCAUGCUUAUUAACAAAUGUAUCGAGCGGUUAAUUGAAAACGGGUAUUUAAGACGUUCACCAAAAAACAGAAAUACUUACAUUUAUGUUGCAUAAAAAUCAUGUUG